AUGAGGGUCGCUGCUCAAGUAGGCGAGUCUUUGAUAUAUCUGUAGCAGAAUUUUGUGACAGUUAGUGUAACAGUUUUAUAGUCAGCUACAUAGAGCACAGUUCUUGAAAACUUUUAUUUUUUUUUCCCCGAUUCAUGUGUAAUUUGUUGUUUGUGUGUCUAUCCCAAGAGAGUUUAGUAAUUGUUUCGAAAGACGUUGUCUAAAUUGAAGGUAUUCUAAGGCAGACACACAGCGCGUAGUUCGUCUCCCCAGAACAGGAAGAGAAAACUAGCAGAUCAGAUAACCAGCACCAGCCGCAAUAUGAGCAGCACAAAGAGAUUCAACCUGGGCCAGGUGGCCUUGCAGAGCAGCUGCGCCCACAAUGCGCUCAACUCGGUGCGCAAACUCUGCAUGAGGUCAGGAGCGACAAAUGCGGCGCUGCUGCGGCAGAAGGGCGCCUCCUUGGAAAAGAAGCCCGUGGAGUUGAGUAGCCCGCCGGCGAAUAAGGCUGCGCGCGCUGGCCACUUGAGCAAGGUGAUUGGCGUGAAGAAGACGCUGGUCAAUCAGAUGCAGGGCAUGGUGCAGAGGAUACGGCCGCACGUCAGGUCGCAGAGCUUGCUCCUGUCGCAGAAGAACAACAGCUCCAAGUACAGAAUCUACGGCCAGACGCGUCUCUUCUCCUCGAAGAGCAGCCUGGCCAGCAGCAGCGCCAUGCACCUCGCCUCGAGGCAGUUGCCCCAGCUGCAGCGUCGUCGCUUUUCCCACACCAGCUACCAGCCGAGAGCGUUGCCGCAGGGCUCGGUGGUGCAGCAGCGCUAUAGCCAGCUUGGCCACAUGUACGACAGGCGGAAAGGUGAGAUGGCCAAGGACAUUAGUCGCUCCAUCCAGUCGGAGCUGAUGGACGUCGAUCUGACAACGAAGCGGCUCAUCAGCUGUGCCCGCAACAAGCCGGACUUGCUGGCCGAACAGAGUGAGCAGGAGGCGCAGCGCCAGCGACAGCAAGUGCAGCAAAAGCAAAUGCAGCUGAGGAUAAAUCAGCAAAACUAUCAGCAGCAUCCGCUGCGCUACAAUCCGUUCAAGAUCUGGAAGCAGCAGCGUGCGGCCAAGCCGGCGACCGAAGACACAGUUGACGUAGCUGACGAGGAGCAAUCCGAAAGGGCGGCCACACCCAUGCGACGCAGGUCAAGCGAUCAGCCCCAGGAGGAGCAGGAGGGCAAACGGAAGAGUCGCAAGCUAAAGGCCAAGCUGAGCGAACUCUAUGCCAGCUCCGACAAGAAGAACCGCAACCUGCAGUACCAGAGCGCGCUGGCCGCAGAGUCGCCCAUGCCAACGGAUAGCGAUGCCGAGAAACUGGCUUACUACAAGCAGUUGGCAGAGGAACGCAACGCCAUCGCGAGCGAGCGCGAACGCCAACGGGAACGCGAGGAGGCAGCGGCUCUUGCGUACGCCAGUAGCAACCGCAUGGACGAUCAGCACUACCAGACGAAGAUUGAGUCGAAUCUGAUGAGUGCCUCGCAGCGCGUCUACAACAAGCGGUACGAGGGCUAUCGUAACCAGGUCGAGGCACGCAGCAAGGAAGCGCGUCCAAUGAUUACCAGGAAUGCUGUGCAGCCGGUGUCGCUGCUGGAGCAGUCUAAGCCAAAGAACGAGACAGAGUCACCCGCGCCCACAACGCCGGGCAAGACAUUGACCAACCGGCCGUUAUCGGCCAGGUGCAUGUACAAGCCGGAUGGCAAGUCCAAGUCGAGUGCAGGGAAAUCAAAGCAUGUUACGCCCAAGGCGAGGGCCCAGAAGAAACUCUUCAAGAAGCUGAGCCAGACCAUGUCCAAGAGCGGCAAACUGAACGUGCCCAACCGAAGGGAUAAGUCAAUGAGAUAUAAGAGCGACAACAGUGGCUCCAACUGGAGCAGGCCAACUCAUUCCAACUAUGAGCAGCACCUGCGACAGGUGUGCGAGAUGCCACAUGGCCGGAAUAUACGAAUGGGCGAGAUGCGCGAACCCCAGAUAUCAGAUGAAAAUUACACGAGCGACAGCUUGCAAAAUGAUGUUCAGAUGCCAAGGGAGUAUACCAAGGAGUCGGCUGUGCGGCGUUUGGGCAGUGUCUACGACAGGCGCAACGGCCACGCCCACUUUGCAGAGCAGCGCAUGCACGUCUAAAGGGAAACAGUGGAAGGGGCAGUAUUUCUCCCUUCUUAGCUCAACAUCGAACUGAACAAUAUGAACGCCAAUAGCAGAAAGAGCUUUCAGCUAGAGCAGUCGGGUGGUUCUUACAAAAUUGUUCUAAAUUCAAUAAAUUAACACAAAAUUCACUGCAGAUUGAAAAUAGAUAGAA